GAAAGCAAAAGCAAGCGAAAGUUAAGCGAGCAAGCGUAGCGUUCUUUUUAUUUCCUUUAUCUUGUUUUAAUGUACCCACUUUGAUUGAUUUUUAUUAGUUAAAUUCAUGUGUAAUAUUGUGAUAUUACUUUAAAUAUUCGUCAUCAUGUGUGAUAGCGACGAUCCCGGGGACCAUGGUCAAACCAUGGACUUGACCGGGUUUUUGUUUGGAAACAUCGACGAGAGUGGCCAACUGGAAGACGAUGAGUUGUUGGAUGGUGAUUCCAAGAAGAUGCUUGCGUCUCUGAAUCGGCUUGGCCUGGGUUCGAUGUUAUCUGAAGUGUUAGAUGCGGAAGAACCUAUCAAAGAUGAAGAAGAAAAGGAUUACAAUGAAAAAAGUCCAUCAGCAGUUGACUUUUUUGAUAUUGAUGAUGUCGCAGAAGAGCCAAAAGAUGUAGAACUAAGCACUAACCAACCGCACGGAACUGAGACUAAGGAAGAGGUGACAGACAAAAGUGAUGCACAGAACACGGUAGAGGAAAGUAAAGAGGCAGCAGAAUUAGAAUCGAAGAGUGAUUGUCCACAGAAAGAAGAUACAGAAGUAAAAGGGGAAUGGAACAGUGAGAAUCCUAUGUUUGAUAACGCCCCACCUGGCAAUGAUGAUGGGUAUGAAGGAGACAUGGAAGGCGAUGGAGGUCUCAUGCCACCACCAUCAACGAUUCCAAACCAAUCAUCGAGGUCUGAGAAACCUAAAAGGUUAGAAACACCACUGGCUGCAAUGUUACCAUCUAAAUAUGCAAAUGUUGAUGUCACAGAAUUGUUUCCUGACUUCAGACCAGACAAAGUGCUAUUAUUUUCACGUCUAUUCGGGCCGGGAAAACUGUCCAGCUUGCCGCAGAUAUGGCGCGGCGUGAAGAAGCGAAGGCGGCGCAAGCGCAGCGGCAGCACUAGUAGCGACACUCCGGCCUACCCGCCCGAGAACCAGGAAGUGCAGUAUGCUAGUGAUGACGAGGAAAAGUUCCUUAGGCCCAUGGAAGAGAACCAACAUUUGAACAACGACAGCAACUCGCAAAAUCAAGAUAAAUCGCAGAAGCCGACGCCUGCGCACUGGCGGUUUGGUCCUGCGCAGGUUUGGUACGACAUGCUCAAUGUACCCGAAACCGGCGAUGGAUUCGACUAUGGAUUCAAAGCGAAGCCACCUUCUCCGGAUAGAGAAGAAAAAGAAUUGAAAUGUGAAACUGUUGAAGAUGUAGAAAAUUCAGAUAGUCCUGAUAGCGGGUUUCCCGACGACUCGUUUCUCAUGGUUUCUCAGCUGCAAUGGGAGGAUGACGUCAUUUGGGAUGGAAGCGAGAUUAAACACAAGGUUCUAGCCCGUCUAAACAGCAAAAGCAACGCAGCCGGCUGGGUGCCCACAUCCGUGAGUCGCACCGCGCAGCAGUUCUCACACCCCAGGCCUCAACCUCCAACGCCGUUGCAGGCCAAACCUCCAGCGACAAGCGCAUCGUCAGCGAACGGCCAACCUGGCGUGGCCACAGCCGAGGGGGAAGACAACACCUGGUACAGCAUAUUCCCUGUGGAGAAUGAGGAAUUGGUGUACGGAACCUGGGAAGAUGAGGUCAUUUGGGACGCGGAGAAUAUGCCAAAGAUCCCCAAACCCAAGAUAUUGACAUUGGAUCCCAAUGAUGAGAACAUAAUUCUAGGGAUACCUGACGAUGUUGACCCAUCGAAGAUAACUAGAGCGAGUGGUCCGACUCCGAAAGUGAAGAUACCUCAUCCUCAUGUGAAGAAAUCCAAGAUACUGCUUGGCAAAGCGGGAGUCAUCAACGUGUUGCAGGAAGACGCUCCCGCUCCCCCGCCCAAGUCUCCUGAUAGGGAUCCGUUGAAUAUUUCCAACGAUGUGUACUAUCAAGCAAAAUCCCAAAAUCCUCGCCUGAAAGUGGCCGGCGGGCAGCUGAUCCAGCACAGCACCCCGGUGGUGGAGCUGAGGGCGCCGUUCAUCCAGACGCACAUGGGCCCGGCGCGGCUGCGCGCCUUCCACCGGCCGGCGCUGCGCAAGAUGUCGUACGGGCCGCUGGCGGCGCCCGGCCCGCAUCCCGUGCAGCCGCUGCUCAAGCACAUCAAGAAGAAGGCGAAGCAACGCGAAGCAGAGCGCUUAGCAUCAGGUGGCGGUGACGUAUUCUUCAUGCGAACCCCAGAAGACCUGAGCGGGCGGGACGGGGAGCUCGUGCUGGUGGAGUUCUGCGAGGAACACCCGCCGCUCAUCAGCCAAGUGGGCAUGUGCACCAAGAUCAAGAAUUACUACAAGCGCACUGCCACUAAGGAUAACGGUCCCAAGCCGCUGAAGUACGGCGAGGUGGCGUACGCGCACACGUCCCCGUUCCUGGGCAUCCUGCUGCCCGGGGCCACGCAGCCCGUGGUGGAGAACAAUAUGUACCGCGCGCCCAUAUACGAACACUCGCUGCCUCAGACCGACUUCCUCGUUAUACGGACCAGACAAAACUAUUAUAUCCGCGAAGUUGACGCGCUGUUCGUGGCCGGACAAGAGUGUCCGCUGUAUGAAGUGCCUGGACCUAACUCUAAAAGAGCUAAUAAUUUUGUUAGAGACUUUUUACAAGUAUAUAUUUAUCGACUGUUCUGGAAGUCCCGGGACAAUCCCCGGCGCAUCAAGAUGGAUGACGUGAAGAGGGCGUUUCCGUCGCAUUCGGAGAGCUCAAUUAGAAAGAGACUCAAAUUGUGCGCAGAUUUCAAGCGUACCGGGUUGGAUUCGAAUUGGUGGGUACUUAAACCGGAUUUCCGUCUGCCCUCGGAAGAAGAGAUACGCGCUAUGGUGUCUCCCGAACAAUGCUGUGCGUACUUCAGUAUGGCGGCCGCGGAACAGCGGCUGAAAGACGCCGGCUACGGAGAGAAAUUCAUAUUCACGCAGCAGGAGGACGAUGACGAGGAGAUGCAGUUGAAGAUGGAUGACGAGGUUAAAGUGGCCCCAUGGAAUACAACCCGUGCCUACAUCCAAGCAAUGCGCGGCAAAUGUCUGCUCCAGCUCACUGGGCCAGCUGACCCCACGGGCUGCGGCGAAGGUUUCUCGUAUGUGCGCGUACCAAACAAACCUACACAACAGCCCAACGAAGAGCAGCAGCAGAAGCGCACGGUGACGGGCACUGACGCCGACUUGAGGAGACUCAGCUUGAACAACGCCAAAGCGUUGUUGAGGAAAUUCGAUGUCCCUGAAGAAGAGAUCAAGAAGUUGUCUCGAUGGGAGGUCAUCGACGUGGUGCGGACAUUGUCUACUGCCAAAGCCAAGGCUGGUGAAGAAGGCAUGACCAAGUUCUCCAGAGGCAAUCGUUUCUCAAUUGCCGAACAUCAAGAAAGAUACAAAGAGGAGUGCCAGCGAAUAUUCGACCUUCAGAACCGCGUCUUGCAAAGCACGGAGGUGCUCAGUACCGAUGAAGCUGAGAGCUCGGUCAGCGAGGAGUCAGAUUUGGAAGAGAUGGGCAAGAACAUAGAAAAUAUGCUUGCGAAUAAGAAGACCACUGAACAGUUGUCUUUGGAGAGAGAAGAAGCAGAAAGAGCAGAGUUGAGGAAGAUGAUCUUAGGACAGUCAGAGAAGAAGCCGCAGAUCAAUCAAAACGACCAACAGCAAUCUUCUAAUCAAGGCCGAGUUCUCCGCAUCGUGCGUACGUUCCGCAACGCAUCGGGCCAGCGCUACACCCGCGUGGAAUUAGUGCGGAAAGCAGCCGUCAUAGAGGCGUACACGAAGAUUCGAUCCACAAAGGAUGACGCCUUCAUACGUCAAUUUGCGACCAUGGACGAGACGCAGAAGGAAGAGAUGAAGAGAGAGAAGAGAAGGAUUCAGGAACAAUUGAGGCGUAUUAAGAGGAACCAAGAAAAGGAACGAUUGGCUGGCAACGUGCCGUCCUUCCCAGGCGACAGCAACUUGUCGUCGGGCGAUCUGGGCUCCCCGUCGUCGGGUCUAAUCCCGCUGACGCAGAUCAAGCAGGAGCCCGACCUGCCGUCCUCCUCGUCCCGCCGCCGCGCCAAGCUGAAGCCUGACUUGAAGUUGAAGUGCGGUGCAUGCGGUCAAGUGGGGCACAUGCGCACAAACAAAGCGUGUCCCUUGUACACCGGGUCUAUGGGCCUCGGGGGCCCAUCGUCCCCGCCCGACGUGGAUGUGGACUCCAUGCCCCCCGACCCGGACGAUGACGACAUGGGCUACGUUGACGGCACUAAGCUUACACUCUCUUCUAAGCUGAUCAAGCAAUCGGCAGAGGAUCUAAAACGUCGCGGCAGCGGCGGUCGUCGAGGCGAAGUAAGACCUGGAAGACCCAAACACCGUAGAGGAACCACCAGCGAUUCCUGCGACUACCUGGUGAAAAGGCCAGCGGAAAGACGGAGGACUGACCCGUUGGUUACUCUAUCUUCGCUGUUGGAAGAUGUACUGAACCAUAUGAGGCAUUUACCUGAUGUGCAGCCGUUCCUAUUUCCCGUCAAUCCUAGGAUGGUGGCCGACUAUUACCGCAUCGUGUCCCGACCCAUGGACCUCCAAACAAUCAGGGACAAUCUGCGACAGAAACACUACCAAAGUAGAGAAGACUUCCUCGCUGAUGUCAAUCAGAUUGUUGAGAACUCCACGCUCUAUAAUGGAGCGACAAGCAGUCUAACGGUAGCCGCUCAGAGGAUGCUGCAGCGCUGUGUGGAGAAGCUGGCGGAGAAGGAAGAACAGAUUAUAAAACUGGAGAAACAAAUCAAUCCACUUUUGGACGACAAUGACCAGGUGGCGCUGUCGUUCAUAUUGGACAACCUGCUGACGACCAAACUGAAGGUGAUGCCGGAAGCGUGGCCGUUCCUAAAGCCUGUCAACAAGAAGCAAGUGAAGGAUUACUACAACGUCAUCAAGAAACCCAUCGACAUGGAAACCAUGGGCAAGAAAAUACAAGCACAUAAAUACCACAGUCGAGAUGAGUUCCUCCGCGACAUACAACUCUUGGUGGACAAUUGUCGCGCGUACAACGGUCCCAACUCGCAGUUCACGCGGCAGGCUGAAGAGAUCCUCAAGGUCACACAGGAGGCGCUCGAGAAGUUUGGGGAGAACGUAAGCCAGCUAGAAGCGAACAUCGCUCGCGUGCAACAGAAGAUGCUGGAAGACGCGGAGCAUUCAGACCUGGAGCCCGAGGAGACUCCGCCCCCGCCGCCCAGCGACGAGAAGCGCGGCCGCGGCAGACCUCGCAAACACAAGCCUUCCACCUCCACUGUCACCAGCGAUGGUGGCCCGCCCAGAAAACGCGGUCGACCAAGGAAAGAUCAAAACAGUUUGGAAGAAGAUCUGCAAUAUUCCGAUAGCGGUAGUUCCGAACUAGAGGAGGUGGAACAGAAAGACGCAGCCGCGUGGCAACAGGCCAUGGUUCAGCUGUCGGUGAGACCUGAAGAAGACGCGCCUCCAGCAGAGCCGCCAUUCGACACAUCGGAGUUCCUGAUCAAGCGCGAGGUGCCGGACGAGCCCCCGCAGCAGAGUGACGAACUCGUCAAUCUUGACCACCACCCCGAUUACACCUACCCCCCUGUUGUCAAGGAGGAGCCUAUGGAGCCAGACAUGAACCUGGAGCCGCCGAUGCUGGACGGGCCUCCGGUACAGCCGCCGCAGUUCAAAGAGGAGCCGCCUGAAAAUUGGCAGCCCGAUCCAGCUAUUCAAGAUGAUCUCCAAGUUACUGACAGCGAGGAAGAGCCGGAAGACGGGCUGUGGUUCUAAAUAUAUUAAAAACAUAGUAAUAAGAAGAUUAUUAGGAAAAUUAAUUUUUAAUUGGUUUAGGUGUUAAGUCAUUGUUAUUAUAUUUUAUUUCAAAAUAAAUAAUGUGUAUGUAUGAUAA